AUGCUUGACCCUUUCCGCUAUCUGCGUCGUCGACCAUUCCCCAUCCAGGUAUCCGUCCCAGCGUGCAGCCACGGCGGCACUGCGGGCGGGAAGCACAGCCAUGCUGCGGACAGCUUCGAGCUCUUCUUCUCUCCGGAGACGAACACGUGGUUGAAAUCGGACGCUAUGGAAGCGUGCGAGUACGAGCAGGCCGUGCAGGCGUGCCUGGCGUCGCUGCACCCGUCACCAACCGUCGCCGUGACCGUGGAGCGGGAAAACCUCAGUCGCAUCCGCGCGUCGCACGCUGUGCUCCCCGAGAACGGCCUCGAUUACAGCGCGUCGGGGUGCGUGCAGCAGCCGGGGGCAGCAGCGGGCACGUGUGCCAUGAGCCAACCCAGCAGCCCCUACCUCGUCACGCCCUCCCGCCCAGACCCGCGCAACGAGGGGCGGGAGGGGGAGAACGGGGGAGCGGGGACGGCGGAGGGGGAGGGGGAGGGCGGGUACGGCGCGCCCUUCGCCCUGAGAGCCACUGAGGCCCGCACUGCCCGCUGCAGCGGGGAUCAAAGGGGUGGGGGGGGAGGGAACAAUGGGGAUGUGCGAGAGGGUGGAGGGGCAACGGUGGACGAGACGCUGGAGUGCACUCGCUUGGAGGUGCGUGGGGGAAGUGAGGGUAUUGAGGUGGAAGUGAGGGUAUUGAGUGAGGGUAUUGAGGUGGUCUUGAGGUGGUCCGGUUUGAGUACUGAUGAGGACCCGCUAGAGGGUAGUGGAGGGGCAACGGUGGACGAGACGAGACACUGGAGUGCACUCGCUUGGAGUGUUGAGAGCGAAUCAGCGACGUGGCUCGGAGGUAGAGUAUUGAUUGUGAGAGGGGUGAAAGAGGUAGCGGUGGGAUGCUCGCUUACCCACUCGUAUCCCUCUCCUCCUCCUCUUCCUUGUCCCUCCUCCCUGUCUCCCCGUCUCCAUCCCCUCAUCUCGUCCCAGCCUGGAAUCUGGACAGCACCGGCUGACACGUCAUCACAGUGGACAGCACCUGCGGACACGUCAUCUGGUGGGUCAGCACCAGCUGACUCGUCGUCUGAUUGGUCAGCACCAGCUGACACGUCAUCCGAUUGGACGGCACCAGCCGACUCCUCCUCUUCAGACUACUCCUCGCCGUCGCCUGAUUGGUCCGCCACCACCACGCCUUCUCCUCCUCCCCCUUCUGAUUCGUCCACUGAUGCGGGAACCACAAACUCUGAUUGGGUGUCCACCAAUGAUUGGCAGACACCUAGCAGCCCCUCUCCGCCGCCUUCUGAUUGGUCCAAUCCUUCCCCUCCGCCGCCUUCUGAUUGGUCCAAUCCUUCCCCCCCGCCGCCUUCUGAUUCGACAGGAGACACCUCGUCUUCUGGUAGCUGGUGGCCCUGGGGUGGCUCAGGUGACAGCUCAGACACCUCAGGUGCUACAGACACCUCAGGUGCUACAGACACCUCAGGUGCUACAGACACCUCAGGUGUUACCGACACCUCAGGUGCUACCGACGCCUCAGGUGCUUCCUCAGGUGUUGAAGGUUCGGUCUCCUUUGUGUCAGACGAGGAUGGUGACUCUGGCAGCAGUGACAGCAGCGAGGGUGACAGUAGCGUGGACGCCAGUAGCGAUGAUCAGGGGCCUCUGACAAGCAACCCAUCAUAUGGUGCCACGAUGGGGGGGGACGAGGCACUGGAUUCGACCACGUGCAACAUAUACGAGGGCGAGUGGGUGUGGGACGAGGACAACCGCCCUGCGUACAACACGGAAUCUUGCCCGUUUAUCAAUGUAAGCCUUGCUACUGUGAUGAUGAUAGUGGUACUGGUGAUAGUAGCAGUGGUGUGGAACAUUCAUGAGGGCGAGUGGGUGUGGGACGAGGACAACCGCCCUGCGUACAACACGGAAUCUUGCCCGGUGAUUGCGCUGGUGGGCGACUCACUCAUCACCGAAGGCUUCAUGCCCUCGAUGCUCUGCCAGCUGGCGCAGGUGGGCACGGUGAGCCGCGUGGAGGGCAGUGCGCUGGGCAGCUUUGUGUGGCGCCUGGACUCACACAACCUGACAGUCGCCAACUACUGGAGCCCCUUCCUCAUGUGGACGUCCGCCAACCCCCUGGUUAUUCGCAAGCUGAGGGUGCAGGACCCUGGCCUGGGCGACACAGCAGUGAACCUGGGCGCGUUUGACCCGCAGUGGUUCGACCAGGCGCAGGCCAUGGACCUCAUCGUCUUCCAGUCCGCCACUCACUGGCCGCACGCUGAGAGGUGGCUAAGGAGGUUCUUUGUGGACCGCAAAUGGCACCGUAUUGACCCCGAGCCCGACACUAUGACCGCAUACAAGCAAGCACUGAACAAGCUGGGAAAGUCGUUCAAUGCGGGCAACAGCAAGCGCUGGGACCUGCCUGUGCCCUACUUCCUCUCCGCUCCUCCCCGCCUCGUUAACUGCCAGGGAUCCUACGCCCCUGCCAACAGGUCCACGUAUGAGCACAUGGUGCGCAAGAACCCUCAGAGCCGCAAGUGGUUCCCCACACAGCGGGACAUACUGAGUCCCAGCAAGAACAUUCGCUUUGUGGACAUCACCCAUCCGUCGCUGUACAGAAGCGACGCCAUGCUGGCGUCGCAGGCCCCUGACAGCAAGGACUGCCUGCACCCGUGCCUGCCGGGGCUUCCUGACAUCUGGGUUGACCUUCCUGCUCGCGUUGCUGCUGUCCGGCUACCUGGGUCCAUGGGAAAACGCACACCCUCCGCGAGUAUGAAGCGGGAUGAAUGGAAUGCUGCUGCUGGCGGUGCUGCUGCUGUCUCUAUCACUCCGCCUGCUGCUACUUCGACUGGUGAUGCUGAUGCUGCUGCUGCUGCUGCUGCUGCUGCUGCUGCUGAUGUGGCUGGGGCAAGUGCCCCUGUGCCUGGUGUCGGUCCGUACAAGAGAGAGGAGCAGCUUCCGAGCUUCAUUCUCCCUCACAGCGGCUAUACAAGCGUACCAGGCGGCGAGCAAUCAACAGCAGGCGCAGAAGAGUCCGAAGCAGCAGACACAGAAGAGGCAUCAGCAGCAGACGCACCUUCACCUCUUCCAGAGGACGAGGAAACGGCCCCAACUGCAGAAGCAGCCGCAGCACCAGCACCUGCAGAAGCAAUAACAGCAGCAGCUGGCAAUUCUUCUGCCGCUGCAUCUACCUCUGGUAGUGCCUCUGGCUCAGGCCCUGCCAAGGGCGGUCUCCUCCAACGCGCCUCCCAGGGCCUGCUAUCGUCCCUGAGGUGCCGCUUCGCCAGGGGCGAUCCUGCAUGCACAGAGGCUAGUGCGGGCAAGGGCAAGGCGAAGGACGUGUGGAGGGUGGUGGAGGCUGUUUCCGGCGAUGCGUUUGUGCGGCGCGUGGGGCGGCAGCUGUGGCUGCGAGGCAAGCCGUUCUAUGUGAACGGGUGGAACACGUAUUGGCUCAUGUACAUUGCGAGCAUCCCCGACAAGAAGAAUCUGGUGAGCCAGGCGCUGAGCCAGGGCCGCAGCAUGGGCCUCACGGUGUGCCGCACAGGGGCGUUCUAUGACGGCCCGGGCUGGCAUGCUCUGCAGACGAGCCCUGGCGUGUUUGACGAGAACACAUUCAAGGCCCUAGACUAUGUGAUUUUCACGGCCAAGAGGUUUGGAAUUCGGUUGCACAUGGUGCUGAACGGCAACUGGGACGACUAUGGAGGCAAGAACCAGUACGUCAGGUGGAGCAUAGCCGCUGGGGGCACCCUUCCUGCCGACGACACGGCCUUCUUUGUCGACCCCCUCUGUCGAACGUUCUACAAAAACUUUAUCAAGGCUGUAAUCAUGAGGCGCAACACCCUCACAGGCAUGCUGUAUCGCGACGAUCCCACCAUUUUUGGCUGGGAGCUCAUAAAUGAGCCCCGCGUCUAUGCAGACCCCUCAGGGGACGUCCUGCAGGCGUGGAUAACGGACAUGGCAGCAUAUGUCAAGUCGCUGGACCCCAACCACCUGCUCUCCAUCGGCUCGGAGGGCUUCUACGGGCCCUCCACACCGGACCGAGCCAAGGCGCUCAACGCAGAGUGGUGGAUGAUGAAUGUGGGGACGGACUUUGUGCGGAAUAACAAGGUUCCCGGGAUUGACAUUGCGUCAGUGCACGCGUAUGCAAACAGCAGGUACUCUGUCACGGCAUGGAGUGACAAGCUGGCAUACUUUACAAACUUUGUGAAGGGCCAUUUGGAUGACGGGGACGGGGUGCUCAACAUGCCCGUGCUCAUCGGCGAGUUUGGCCCUGAGAGCAACAAUCAGAUAAACUCCUUGGCUGAACUCUUUCCCCUUCCUCCCCACCCUCUCCCUCUUCCCCCUGCCGUCCGCCCUUUCAGGUACUCUGUCACGGCAUGGAGUGACAAGCUGGCAUACUUUACAAACUUUGUGAAGGGCCAUUUGGAUGACGGGGACGGCGUGCUGAACAUGCCCGUGCUCAUCGGCGAGUUUGGCCCUGAAAGCAUCAAGAAGCUUCCGGAUGGCAGCAUGGCGCGGCGCAACGAGGUGUACAGCACGCUCUACCAGAUUGUUCUCGAUUCGGUUAGGAAGAGGGGCUCUGCUGGAGGCGCCUCUCACAACGAGGUGUACAGCGCGCUCUACCAGAUUGUGCUGGACUCGGUCAAGAAGAGAGGCUCAGCUGGAGCCGCUUCUCUCAAUGAGGUGUACAGCGCGCUCUACCAGAUUGUGCUGGACUCGGUGAAGAAGAGAGGCUCUGCUGCUUACACGUGUGUGUAG